GAUCUAUCUGACCUCACAGUCUUUUAUCACGAGAAGGCUCAUCGUAAAGUUCCUCCCAGCCGUCGCCGUUAUAAUAUGUCUUCAACUGUCGGAAAAGUCAUCAAGUGUCAGGCCGCCGUCGCCUGGGAAGCAGGCAAGCCUUUAUCUAUUGAAGAAAUUGAAGUCGCUCCUCCAAAGAAAGGAGAGGUGAGAAUAAAGAUCCUCGCAACCGGCGUUUGCCAUACGGAUGCCUAUACUUUGUCGGGCCAAGAUCCGGAGGGCAUUUUCCCAGUCGUCUUUGGUCAUGAAGGUGGCGGUGUAGUAGAGUCUGUCGGUGAAGGCGUCACGAGCGUCCAGCCCGGUGAUCACGUCGUACCUCUCUACAUUCCUGAAUGCCGCGAAUGCAAGUUCUGCAAGUCUGGAAAGACCAAUCUCUGCUCUGUCGUGCGUGUCACUCAAGGCCAGGGUUUGAUGCCGGACAGCACAUCUCGUUUCACUUGCAAAGGGAAGCCGAUCUUCCAUUACAUGGGAUGCUCAACAUUCAGUGAAUACACCGUUGCACUGGAGAUCUCCGUCGCAAAGGUCGACAAAACUGCACCGUUGGACAAGGUCUGUCUCCUUGGAUGUGGUAUCACCACUGGCUACGGUGCUGUAACGAAUACGGCGAAAGUGGAGGCGGGUGCCACUGUGGCGGUCUUUGGAUUGGGCGGAGUUGGUCUCUCGGCGAUUCAGGGGGCACGAGCUGUUGGUGCGAAACGCGUAAUCGCCAUUGAUAUCAACCCCAGCAAGUUUGCGAUCGCUCAAAAGUUUGGGGCAACUGAGUGUGUUAAUCCAAAGGAUUACGACAAACCCAUUCAGCAAGUCCUGGUGGACAUGACUGAUGGUGGUGUGGACUACUCGUUUGAGUGCGUUGGAAAUGUGCAACUCAUGCGCGCCGCCCUUGAAGCGACCCAUAAAGGAUGGGGCGUUAGCACAAUUAUUGGCGUUGCUGGUGCGGGACAGGAGAUUAGCACAAGGCCAUUUCAAUUGGUCACAGGUCGUACUUGGAAGGGAAGCGCAUUCGGUGGUGUGAAGGGCCGUUCGGAACUGCCUGGAUUGGUUCAAAAAUACCAGAGCGGUGAACUUGAUAUUGACACUUAUGUUACCCAUACUUUCAGCCUGGAGGAUAUCAAUAAGGCGUUCGAUGCCAUGCAUGAGGGAACAUGCAUUCGUGCGGUCAUUAUUAAUAAGCAGUAACCAGCCCAUUGAACCGGAACUAAGGGCCAAGACUGUCAAACCACACUACCCUUGUAUACAAUAUAUAUAAACAAAUGCCGGUUCCUUCAAGCCUUCAUUUCUUGAAGCAGAAAUUGGAUCUUUCAA